UUUACUGGGUAACACUACAGCUGCCAGGGAUGAUCCCGGCUGCCAUGUGAGGGGUGGGCCGGGAGGCUGCGGCAGCCCAGCAGCAACCAGGCAGAAGGAUGAGGAGAGGAUCCCUGCCCCUGUUCCCUUGGUUUAUCUGAAAUUCUGCUCCAGUCCUGGAAACUGAUUUAACUAAUUUUUUUCUCCCAGCGCAAUGCAAACUUUUCAGAUAUUUUGCCCAUCCAUAGUUUACCCUUGGGAACCUGGGGGCCCUUUCUCCUCCUGCCUGGAAGAGAGAACAAAAAUCCGAGACCUCACCAAAGCUGUGUUUUGUUUAAGUCUUCUCGCUCAGAUAGCAUGGCCCAAAGCAGCAGUAUACCGAGUGCGCCAGCCCCCCUUGGGGAUGGACCUGUGUCAUCUUUACCUCGGUCAACUCUUGAUUCAUGACAGACUGCAGCUCAGCGGUCUCUCCACACCUUCUCUCCAUACACAUGGCUUCUGCUAGGUUUCAGUGAGUCAGGGGUGUUCUAGCAGAUUCCACUUCUGAUGCCAACUGUGUCCGGUGUCCCCCAAGACCAUCCUUGUGUCCUGUGAGUAGGACCCUCGUGACUUAGCAUAUAGUUUUACUCAUGACUGUGAUCUGUUACAACAAACAGAGACACAGCAGAGUUAGCACAGGGAACAGGCACAUGGGGAAAAGUGUUCUUUCCCGGUGGAGUCACACAGAGUGCCCCCAGCAGUGAGUCUUGACGACGCGGGAGGUACUGUCACGCAGGGAGUCUUGGUAGAGACCCAGCGCCCGGCAUUUUGACUCCAGACUCCCAGAAGGAAGGCAGGUGUUGCAUAUUGACGUGUCACGUGCACAGCAGUUUAGACACCGUGGGUGAGAUCAGUCAGGCUGGUGUGAAACCUGAAACCCAUGUUCGCAGACACCAGCCUUGCCAGGAGUUGUGUCUAUGAAUAAAGUUAAGGCCCCUGAUGGCACGCUUCGUACACACUAGGAGUGGGGAUUCACUGGAAGAAGCACUACAGAUAACUAAGAACAGUGCAGCUGACUCAGGGACCGGUUGCUCCCUGUGCGCGUCACGGGGAUUUUCCCAUUCAGCUGCUACCCUGUUGAACAGGACUCAGUGGCCUUUGAGGAUGUGGCUGUGGACUUUACCCUGGAGGAGUGGGCUUUGCUGGAUUCUGCUCAGAGGAAGCUCUACAGAGAUGUGAUGCUGGAAAACUUGAAAAACCUGGCCGCAGUGGAUGAUGAGACUCAAUUGAAGGCCAAUGGGUCUGUUUCUCAGCAGGAUGCUUAUGGGAAUAAAAUAUCCAAGGGAAACAAAUUGGCAAAGUUCACCAGAAAUGAAUCCUGGGCCUCUGUUUUAGGGAAAAUUUGGGAAGAACUCAGCACGGAAGAUCAGCCCACAAACCAGGGGAGACAUCUGAGAAAUCCUGUGGUGGAGAGACUCUCUGAAAGUAAUGGUCAGUGCAGGGAAGGCUCCAGUCAGAUUCCAAAUCUUAAUCUGUAUGAGAAAACUCUUUGCGGAGUUAAAGAGGAUGAAUGCAGUGAGUAUGACAAAGUCUUCGGGCGUCACUCCGAGAGUCACAUCGCCAUGCACGCUGGACACAAAGCGUAUCAGUGUCAGGAGUGUGGGCGGGCCUAUACCUGUCGUGCACACCUAAGAAUGCAUGUGAGAACCCACAACAGAGAGAGAUCCUACGCGUGUAAAUUAUGUGGAAAAACCUUUCCUCGUACUUCUUCCCUCAACCGGCACGUAAGGAUUCACACUGCUGAGAAAACCUAUGAGUGUCAGCAAUGUGGGAAAGCCUUCAUUGAUUUCUCAAGUCUUACUAGUCAUGUGAGAACUCACACUGGAGAGAAGCCAUAUAAGUGCAAGGAAUGUGGGAAAGCCUUCAGUUAUUCCUCAACUUUCCGGAGACACAUGAUAACGCACACUGGAGAGAAGCCCUAUAAAUGUAAGGAAUGUGGGGAAGCCUUCAGCUACUCCUCAACUUUUCGGAGGCAUAUGAUCUCACACACUGGGGAGACACCACAUAAAUGUAAGGAAUGUGGAGAAGCCUUCAGCUACUCCUCAGCUUUUCGCAGGCACAUGAUCUCACACACUGGAGAGAAGCCCUACGAAUGUAAACAGUGUGGGAAAACCUUUAUUUACCUGCAGUCCUUCCGGAGACACGAAAGGAUUCACACUGGAGAGAAACCCUAUGAAUGCAAACAGUGUGGGAAAACCUUCAUUUAUCCCCAGUCCUUUCGAAGACACGAAAGGACUCAUGGUGGACAGAAGCCCUAUGAGUGCAGCCAGUGUGGGAAAGCCUUCAGCCAUCCCUCGUCCUUUCGAGGGCAUAUGAGAGUGCACACUGGGGAGAAACCUUAUGAAUGCAGUCAGUGUGGCAAAACUUUCAACUGGCCCAUCUCCUUACGAAGACAUAUGAGGACACACAACAGAGAGAAACCCUACGAGUGCAAACAGUGUGGGAAAGCCUUCAAUUUGUCUGCUUGCUUUCGAGAACAUGUGUGGAUGCAUCCAGGAGACAAGUCCUAUCAAUGCAAGCUAUGCGGGAAAGCGUUCUAUUGCCACAUAUCCUUACAGAAACACAUGAGAAGGCACACUGCAGAGAAACUCUAUGAAUGCAAGCAGUGCGGGAAAGCUUUCAGUUGGCCUGAACUCCUGCAGCAGCACGUGAGAACACAUACCGCGGAGAAACCCUAUGAAUGUAAGGAAUGCGGGAAGGUCUUCAAAUGGCCGUCAUCCUUGCCGAUACAUAUGAGAGUGCACACUGGAGAGAAACCCUAUGAAUGUAAGGAGUGUGGGAAGGCUUUUAGUUGUUCCUCAUCCUUAAGAAGACAUGUAAGGAUACACACUACCGAGAGACACUACUUAUGCACUGCGGGAAAUUCUGCAGAUGAAUUCAUGCCCCAUGCUUCAGAAAAUCCACACCAGGAGAGAAAGCUGAUAAAAGUUGUAAAUAUGGUACUGCCUUUGUGAGAACCCCAUCAAAGUGGACCCAUGGGGUGUGCAUUUCUAGUUCUUUUACAGAUAAAAACUUGGGUGCAGAAUAGCUCUCCAAGUACUCUUAGCUUUCAUACGAAAGUUUGCAAAUACUAUGUUUUCCCCUACAUUUCAGUAAAUAAACCUAUCUUUACAGUUUGUUGGA